AUGGGAGGGUCUAUGGUGAACAUUAUUAGUGCCUAUGCCUCGCAAGUAGGUUUGGACGAAGAGGAGAAAAAGGAAUUCUGGGAGGUUUUAGAUGAGGUGGUGAGGAACAUCCCGAGCACUGAAAAACUUUUCGUGGGAGGGGAUUUCAAUGGGUAUAUUGGGUCUUUACCGAGAAGGUAUGAUGAUGUGCAUGGCGGUUUCAUUUUUGGUGAGCGGAAUGAAGGAGGAACUUCUCUGAUGGAUUUUUUUAGGGCUUUUGGGUUGUGGAUAGAAAAUUUGAGCUUUUCGAAGAAGGAGGAUCACCUUAUUACAUUUUAUAGUUCAGUGGCCAAGACUCAGAUAGAAUUUUUGCUCCUUAGAAAAGGGGAUAAAGCGCUAUGUAAAGACUGUUCUGUGUUAAGAGACUUGGAGAUAUCUGAGGAGGGUCGUGAUUAUAGUUAUUGUAGGCAUAUCAAGGUUGAAGAGGUCAAGGGAUCUAUUCGCAGGAUGCGGCGGGGUAGGGCGGCGAGGCCAGACGAGAUUUCAGUAGACUUUUGGAAGAGCACUAGCGGGGUAGGUCUGAAGUGGUUAACAAGGCUAUUUAACAUUAUUUUUAGAGCUGCUAAGAUGCUUGAAGCAUGGAGGUGA